GUUCCUUCCUUCAAUUAAUCAUCCAUAACAAUCCCAUUCCUUUCCUUCUAAAAAAAACAAAAAUAUGUUGAAUCGAUUCUUCAUUUGCAUGGUAGCUCUCGCCUUGAUGCUUCAAUUUGCAUAUGCCCUGCCAAAGAGGGAUAUCAACACCAUUGUCAAGUUUCAUAACAAGUAUCGCAAACUCCAUGGUGUACCUCCUUUGAAGUGGGACAAGAAAGUUGCUCAAUAUGCACAAAACUAUUCCGAAAAGUGUGUCUUUCAACACAGUUACGGUCCUUACGGAGAAAACAUGGCUAUGAAUUACCCUUCGUGGGCUUCUAUCGUCGAUGGCUGGUACUCUGAAGUUGGUCAUUAUAAUUAUACGGACCCUGGCUUGACUUCUCUUCAUUUUACCCAAAUCGUAUGGAAAGAUACUACCAAAGUUGGCUGUGGUCUCACUAAAUGCCCUGGAGGUCCAAUCACAUUCUGCUCUUAUGAUGCGCCAGGAAAUGUUAUCGGCACUUUCACUAGCAAUGUAUUUCCUCCCAAAUAAAGGUUCAAACAUAUUGUAGUGGUAGUAUUUUUUUUCUUUAAUAAUGAUAGGUUUUGAUUUAUCAUCUACUUGAAUAAAGCAGUACAUGCAUUGUCUUUUUGAUGACCAAACCCCGAUCCAAUGUCUACGAAAAGGUGCAUCGAUUUUUUUUUCUUC